AUGGUUAACGUUGUAUUAGGCUCCCAAUGGGGUGAUGAAGGUAAAGGAAAAUUGGUCGAUUUACUGGUUGGUAAAUAUGACAUUGUAGCUCGUUGUGCAGGGGGUAACAAUGCUGGUCAUACCAUUGUUGUAGAUGGUGUUAAGUAUGAUUUCCAUAUGUUACCAUCUGGUUUAGUCAACCCACACUGUCAAAAUUUAUUGGGUAAUGGUGUCGUUAUCCAUGUUCCAUCAUUUUUUAAGGAAUUGGAGACCUUGGAGGCUAAAGGUUUGAAAGAUGCAAGAGGUAGAUUAUUCGUUUCUUCUAGAGCUCAUUUGGUCUUUGACUUCCAUCAAGUAACUGACAAAUUAAGAGAGUUGGAAUUAUCAGGCCGUUCCAAAGAUGGUAAAAAUAUUGGUACUACAGGUAAAGGUAUUGGUCCAACUUACUCUACAAAGGCUUCGAGAUCAGGUUUAAGAGUUCACCAUUUAGUUAACGAUCAACCAGGUGCCUGGGAUGAGUUUGUUGUCAGGUAUAAAAGAUUACUGGAAACAAGAAGACAAAGAUAUGGUGAUUUCGAAUACGAUUUCGAUGCUAAAUUAGCUGAAUACAAGAAAUUAAGAGAGCAAUUGAAGCCAUUCGUUGUCGACUCCGUUGUUUUCAUGCAUAAGGCCAUUGAAGCAAAGAAAAAGAUACUGGUCGAAGGUGCUAAUGCUUUGAUGUUGGAUAUCGAUUUCGGUACUUAUCCUUAUGUGACUUCCUCGAGUACUGGUAUUGGUGGUGUUCUUACAGGGUUAGGUAUUCCUCCACGUACCAUUGAUGAAAUUUACGGUGUCGUUAAAGCCUACACAACCAGAGUUGGUGAAGGUCCAUUUCCAACAGAACAAUUGAAUGAAGACGGGGAAAAAUUACAGACGAUCGGCGCUGAAUUCGGUGUCACCACUGGUCGUAAGCGUCGUUGUGGUUGGUUAGAUUUAGUCGUCUUGAAAUACUCUACUCUGAUCAACGGUUACACAAGUUUGAACAUCACUAAAUUAGACGUUCUAGAUACCUUCAAAGAAAUUCCUGUAGGUAUUUCGUAUUCUAUCCAAGGUAAAAAGUUAGAUUUAUUCCCUGAAGAUUUGAAUAUUUUAGGUAAGGUUGAGGUUGAAUAUGUAACUUUACCAGGUUGGGACCAAGACAUCACCAAAAUUACAAAAUAUGAAGAGUUGCCUGAAAAUGCAAAGAGUUAUUUGAAAUAUAUUGAAGAUUUUGUUGGCGUUCCUGUUGAAUGGGUUGGAACUGGUCCAGCAAGAGAAAGUAUGUUGCAUAAAGAUAUCAAAUAG